AUCUGUCUGCGCUUAUCUUCUGCAGCCUUCACAUUGACAUUUGGAGCAUGUGUGAAUGAGGCGGCGGCGCGCGGACCUGCCAUCCCUGAAACAUCGGGGGUAGGCGAAGUGACACAGCAAUUCCCACGAUGUAUUUUUAAUUCACUAGUCUCUUCUGUGAGGAAUUGUCUAAUACAAGUGAAGUAAUCAUGACAUCGGUUUGGAAGAGACUUCAGCGCGCUGGAAAAAGAGCGUCGAAGUUUCAGUUUGCCGCGUCCUUUCAAGAACUCACCGUAGAGUGCACUAAGAAGUGGCAGCCAGACAAACUGCGAGUGGUUUGGACCAGGCGAAACAGACGCAUCUGCACCAAGCUUCAUGGCUGGCAACCGGGUAUCAAGAACCCAUACAGGGGGACUGUGGUUUGGCAGGUUCCUGAGAGUGUGGACAUCACAGUCACUCUUUUUAAGGAUCCAAAUGCAGAUGAAUUUGAAGACAAAGACUGGACAUUUAUCAUAGAGAAUGAAACAAAGGGUCAACGAAAAGUUUUAGCGUCAGUGGACGUGAACAUGAAGAAGUAUGCGAGUGCAACCCCGGCUCAGUUUGACCUGGCGCUUACAUUAAAGCCUCUGUCUGUGAAAGUGCUGGAUGCCAAUCUUAAACUCACCCUGUCCUGUGUCUUUCUGAAGGAGGGCAAAGCUACUGAUGAAGACAUGCAAAGUCUGGCGAGUCUGAUGAGUUGGAAGCAGUCUGAUAUUGGAAACCUGGAUGACUUCAAUGACAGUGAUGAAGAGGAGGACAAAAGACUGAGUGCAGCAGUGAAAAUGGCCACAGCAGUAAUAGCUCCUCUUCCUCCUGCUAGGAGAAUACAUGACAAGGCCUGGAGACCUGCUGUAGACACAGGUCCCUCUGACACAGCUCAUUCUGAACCGGAUCGGAUGAGUUGUUCCUUCAUUACACCUAACGUUCCUCUCCAGUACCGCCCCCUGUCAGUCACUGCUCUUGACCCUUCUGCCCCGCCCCUCUCCACUUCCUGUGUCCAACCCCUCCGUGCUGCCGGCAGUCUCCCGCAGACACGCCCCUCCCCAUACGCCUUCACUAUACCUGCAUUCACACGCGCUCAUCCACCUGCCCUGCCCAAAAUCUUCCAUCCGCCGACUGGCUCAGUUGCUGUAUCUGUCACUCAAAGGCCGUCAGGAGGUCUUGCUAACUCUGAGUUACUGGAGAGCAGUCGCUCUGCUGAGGGCAGUGCAGUCCCUCUCCCGCGGCCCCUCUCUUUUCUUCCCGGGAUUAGCACACCCUUCUCUCUUUCCUCUUCUUCUGCUCAAUCCUCCUCAUCCCCUCAGCAGACCCCUCUACCUGAUGUAACCCAGACAGCCACUCUAUCUGCUGCUCGUAGCAAGACCUGGAGACCUCACAGCUUCCCCUCUUCACGCUCCUCCCCUUCUGUUUUUGACCCCUCCUCCUUUGAAUUUGGCUCCUCCCCUCAUGAUUCAAUGACUGUACCUGCACCACGGCCCUCAAAAAUAUAUCGUGCCUCAUUGGCUGAGCCAGGCUCCGCCCUCACAAAGCCUACGAGCAUGCCCUCUGCCACUGAGACAGCAUCUUGGCAAAAAGAGUGGAGGUCUCCCAAGCUGCACCCCACUCUGUGUCCUGCUCCCUUCACCUCUGCAGAACAUAUUAACCAGCAGCGUCAUCCAGCCUCAAUUAAUCCCUCUCUGCCUGCACAAACUUCUCCCUUAAUGAAUGCCCCCCUUCCCACAUUGUCUUCAUCCCAUGUGCUUCCUCAACCAAUGGAUAUUUCCACUAUUACUUCCAAUCCUGGUGUAACAUCUCCCAGUGUUGCUCCUUCAGAGAUGCUCAGCACCGAGUCUGUCUCUACUUCUUGCUCUCAAACCCUGUCAGCUGCCAUCCUCCCUCCUCCUUCAGCAUCAUUGGUUUCUCUCUCUAUUGCUCCUACUGCUUCAUCUAGUUCUUCAUCCACCCCUUAUCCCUGUGUUUCUACUCAUCUUGCUGUUUUUGAUGCUCCUCUGUGUUCCUCUCCUGAUGUUGGUCCUGUGGUCACAGCAUCUAUUGUCUCUGAGCCAGAGCCUCUCCCAGAGUUCCAGACGUCCGAAUGGAGACAUCAGGUUGUGCCCACAGUGAUUAGACCUAAUGUGCGCAGGCCAAUAGCCCCUUCUCCUGUAGAUGCCCUUAACUCUCCUUUCUAUACCUCUCCUUUCAUUCUUCCUUCACCCUCUUCCAUGAUCCCUGACCCCCACAUUUAUACCCAAACAACCACUGUAGCCCCUGUUAUUGCCUCCAUUUCAGUCCCUUCCUCUGACUCACUCACAGAGAAACACAGACAGUUAAGUGUAUUAGCAGAGGAGGAAUAUCCCAAUACUGUGUGUACUGCUGAUGAGGAUGCAAACACAAAACCUUCAGAUGUUCCUCAAAACCAUGAACCUCACCCUCGCAGAGCCGGAGUCAUCAGUAUAGCCAACCAAAGACCAAACAUGGAGCUCACUAUGAACAAGCAACGGCCUGUUUUUGGACUUGAGGUUGUACGGCCUGCAAGAAGACCAGAGAGCAUGACCUCUCUGCUGCCCACUGACCAUACGUCACCCAAUGUCACUGAUGUCACACAUUUUGAGCUGCCAAAAUCAGAGCUGUCUGAUACAGAUAGAGUAUCCACUCCUGCAGCCCUCGAAACUGUCCCAAAACCUGCUGAAGCCCCUACAUUCGUCGCCCCAUUAACUGAGAUCCAGGUCAAUCAGUCAGAGAAUUCACAGAGCUCUGCUGAGCUGGCCGUUUUACACUUAGCUGCACAUGAGCAGACAGAAGACAAGAUGAUUCCUUGUAAAGACAAGACAGAGUUGUUUCAAAGUAGUUUUCAACCAGCGGAAAUACAAGAGCAAGAUGUCAGCCCAGAAUCUGUGCCACAGCCGCUCUCAAGUCCAGAAAUGUCCCAGGCAGAUCACAUUGAUGAAGGCGCCAAAAGCAUGGCCGCUUUGCUGCCCUCUUGCCCAAAAGUGUCCCAUUCUCCUUGGUCACCAUCCAUAUUGGCUGAUGAUACAGUUGAAAAUCAAAAAGGAGACUUGUUUGUAGAUGGACUACCUAGAAUGAACCAGGAAUUCAGCGUUCUACCCAUCUGCAAGAAAGCAUAUGAAGGAGAAGAGGCUAAUGUCGACAGCUCUCCAUCUUCUUUUCCCAGCAUGAUAUAUCUUCUUCCAGCCUGUCCGAAAACUGCUUUUGUACCUGGGAUGCCAUCUGUAAUUUUUCAAGACAAUAAGUGGCCUUGGGAUGGGUCUGUGAAGGUACUGAAAGAGUACCUUCAAAAAGAGAAACCAGCAAAACUUAUUCAAGAUAUGGAUUGCUCAUUGUACGAUCGGAGCACUGUGGAACAUAUGAUAUCACAACAUUUAACUUGCCCAAGAACUGCCAGCAUCCCUGGAUUCCCAUCUUUGCCUUUCAAUAUGGUCAGUCUUCUACCAUUAUGUCCAGAUUUAUCUGUAGUUCCAGGUUUUCCUUCAAGAUAUCCAAUCAUUUGGACAGAUGAAAUCUGGCCUAAAGAGAAUUUAGUAUAUUAUUUGAAGAAAAGUAAGGAACAAAUUUUGCCAAUGUCUUCAAUGAAGAUCGAUUUUGAAACCGCAAGAAAUAUGGUUUCAUUGAGGUCAUCUUGUUCAGCGGCACCCAAGAUUUCGGGAUUUCCAUCUGCUCCAAAACCAGUUACACCAAGUAUGGUCAAGAUUUCAUCAUGUUGUCCGAAUGUUUCCUGCAUUGCUGGAUUUCCAUCUGCAAAAGAGCUUGCCAGUCAAAAUAUUAUCCAACAAUGGCCAUCCAACAAUGAAUCAUCUCUGAUAAUAGCACAAAAGAACCAGUCCAGUUUGCCUCAAGCUGUAAACAUAUUAAAAGAGGAUCAGUUAACAGGUAUGGUGAACUUAGUACCAUCUUGCCCAAGAAAAGCAAGGACUCCUGGUUUCCCAUCUGCACCAAAACGAAAACUAGACAUUACAUUCUGUAUGACAAAACUCCUACCUUCAUGUCCAACAGCCUCUUGUGUCCUUGGAAUAACAACUAUACAAAUUCUUGCAAGCACAUCAGAUUCACUUAAGAAGUGGCCAAAGGACAUUAAUCCAUUUUGGGUGAAGACGCUAGAAUCUCAGCCAUGUCAUUUAAUCUGUCCAUAUCCAGCUCAGUAUGAAGUUACAGUUUUUAACAAUAUGCUGUCAUUGAUACCAUCUUGCCCUAGAAAAGCAAGUACACCUGGAUUUCCUUCUGCACCAUGGCUCAUGCCUAAAACACAAAUAAUAUCUGGUACUCUGUCAACAUGCCCACAGACAGCUAAAACUCCAGGCUUCCCCUCUUUAGUCCCAAGCGAAAUUGAUAAGGCUUUGGUAAAUAAUUGGCCUUUAAAGGAGAAAGGUUUUUUUGUGAGAAGUUGUUCGCCAAUGUCCACAUCUGAGAGGUUAAACAUUGCUUAUCAGGACAAAGAGAGUUUUAAAGAAAUGUAUGCUAUUUUGCCAAGUUGUCCAGUGAAAGCAAAUGUUCCUGGAUUUCCAUCUGCACCAAAGCCCAAAUUAAUGCUUCAUCUUGUCCCUUCUUGCCCAACAGUCUCAAAUGUACCUGGGAUGCAAUCAAGCAUAAUAUCUGAAGUGGAAUUACAAUGGCCUGAAAAUGAAAGGCCAUUAUGGGUUAAACAAUUAAGCAGAAAGUGUCAGUCCAUGCACACCGUUCCACCUCAGUACGGAGAAAUUAAUAAAGCCAUCACUAGGGAUAUGGUAGCUUUGCGCCCAACUUGUGCAACCAGUGCUAAAUUACCUGGCUUCCCAUCUGCCCCAAGACUAAAAACUGAGAAGGCACCAGAUAUGGUUUCCCUCAUGCCAUCUUGUCCGCGUUUUACAAAAGUAUUAGGUAUGCCAUUUGUUGAUUUGGGAAAUGAAGCAAUGGAUUCAAGUGCAUGGCCACUGGAUGCAAAGCAACUGUACAGGAGAACCUCAAGGGAUGAGUCUGAUAUGGUAUGUUCUUCCUUAACAAACUUGAAUCAAACAAAUGACAAUCACCUGAAUUUUCACAUAGAAGACAUGGCUAUGAUGAUGCCAUCCUGUGCAAAGCAGUCCAAUGUACCUGGGUUUCCAUCCACAUAUUCAGAAUCUCCACAUAUUCUUUAUCAGACAAAUAAUAGUCGAGCAUUUACAGAAGAUGUUGGCCAUAAACAAGAAACUUCAACUGUGCUUGCUUCAGCAGACAUCGAAAUAGACCUGUUCAGUGCAAACAAGUCUGACAGUAGUUUUGCAUUAGAGAAGACCAAGGAGAAUGUCAACUUUUGGGCAAGUUGUGAGGAAGGACAAAAGGGAAUUCUGGAGAGGGGGAAAAUGCAUUUCAGAAUGUGGCACUCCAUACCAGACAUGCCACUAUUACUGACUGUUGAGGAGAGCUGUCAAAGCGUAAGUGCUCAGAUUCCACCUUCUGAAAAUUACGGAAACACUCUGACUGAAAACGUGGAGGUGGAUGAAGGUAUAUUAUGCGGAUCACAAGACAUAACAGAACAGUUUGCUGAUGCUUUAAAGAAAGAAGAAGAGACUACAGAAGAUCACAAUAGUCUGGUCCCUUCUACAACAAAAGAUUGGCCUACAGGACUGCAACAAGAAUGUGUACCCAACAUGGUAGAUCUUCUUCCAUCAUGUCCACUGUUCUCAAGAGUUUUUGGAUGUCCAUCUAGAGCGCUUUCAAGCAUAUGCAAAACAGACAUAAUCAACUGGCCUACUGAUUUAAGUAUAAUUUGGGAAGAACCAUGUAAAUCAACAAAAAAUAUUUUGUUAAUGCCAUACUUGGACAAAUCCCCCUAUGAUGCAAAUAUGGUGUCCCUGGCAGGCACAUGUCCAAAUGAAGCAAGAAUUCCUGGCUUUCCAUCUGCUAAAAGACUCACAGAGGCCCCAUGUCCAUCUUGCCCAGAAACAUCCAUUGUUGUUGACACAUCUUCAGAGACCUUAGUUCCAGAGGAACAGCAUCAUCAGGAGUGGCUGAGCAUUGAACCAUCAUUAUUGCAAGAACUUCCUGAGCCAAAGCCAGUUUUAGACAUCGAUAGCCCAGUUGAGUGUUCAGAGAUGGUGAUGGUCACAGUGCCAUCCUCAACUCUUAAUUUCCCAUCUGCAGCAAACAGUGAAGAAAUAAUUACUCAAUCAUGUGAAGAAUUAGAUCUUCAAGAGUCUAUAAUUGCUGAAUCUAAACUAAGGGACGAUUCCAGGCCUGUGAAUGAGAUAUUAAACUUCAUAUCAGAAAACACUGCACAAAUUCCAGAUUCUAUCCCUGAAACCCAAAUCGAGCCAAAUAUGUUGGAGUUUCUUCCAUCCUGCCCGGUGCUUUCUAGAAUCCCUGGAUGUCCAUCUCUAAGAGUCCUUGAAGGCACAGAGUGCAUUACUGAUCAAUCAAUAAUCUUAUGCAAUUUAUUCAAAGAUAGACAGACUGAUAUUUUCGACCCCAGUAAAGAUGAAAAAGACUCACAGAUUAUAGCUCUGGCACCAACGUGCCCACAAGCAUCAUGUAUUCCUGGCUUUCCAUCUAGACCACAUCCUAAGUCACAGAUGGAGCCGAACAUGCAAAACAUUUGUCCCUCUUGCCCAAAGGUUUCACAUAUAGCUGGUUGUCCGAGCAUCCAGAUCCCAAAGACGUCCAAUUGGCCUAUGAGUACAGUCAUUUUGUGGUCAAGUCAAUUAAAGAAACCUCCUGUUGUUUUGGACAUGGACAAGAUGUGCAAAGAAAACAGUCAUAGAAUGUUUGCUCUGGCACCUACAUGUCCAUCAGUGGUCUGUGCUCCUGGUUUUCCAUCUGUGCCCGAACCAAUAAUGCUACACAUGCUUCCAGCUUGCCCGGAGAAAUCUAAUGUUAUUGGAUUUUCUUCUAAAAGAGAGCAUUUAGAUUGGUCCGUUGACAAGGAAACAUUGUGCAAUGUAUCUUUUAAAAAGCAACCUGUUGUUGUUAUUGACAGAGUAGAUUCGCUCAAUGAAUUAACUGAAAUAAUGUUUGCAUUGGCUCCAACCUGUCCAUCAAAGGCAAGAAUACCAGGAUUCCCAUAUGCACCUAGUCGCAAAGUUACACUUCCUCCUAACAUGGUUGGUCUUCAUCAGUGUGUUCCGAAGACUUCAAGAAUUAUGGGAUUCUCAUCAAGUGAGAGAAUAAACACAGGAGUAUGGUUUGCAGAUGAAAUGCCCCUGUUGGAGAGGCCAUUGAGAACAAGAUCAGAACUGCUUAUCCAGUUUAAUUCAGCAAAUCCAUAUGAGGAAAUAGACAAAUAUAUUUUGCAGAGGAUGUUUACACUAGUGCCCACCUGCCCCAGAGAAGCACGCAUACCUGGUUUUCCCUCUCUACCUCAGGUUAAAGUACAGGAAUUCUAUCUCAGUAAAGAACCAGACAUAGUCAGCCUUUUUCAUUCUUGCCCAGUGGUUUCUUUUAUCAUAGGUGUUCCUACAGUAAAAUCUAUGCCCAUAGAAGAGUCUCAAGAAAGAAUAUGGUUUGCUCAGAAGCCCUUAUGGGUCAAACCUCUUAAAGAAAGACCACUUUUUUCUUUAAGCUGUACAAAGGAUUAUGAAGAAUAUUCAAAAACUAUGUUCUUACUUACUCCUACCUGCCCCAAUAAGGCCAGCAAUUAUGGAUUUCCAUGCUUGGAAAGGCUAAAAAAAGAAGAGUACAUGAUGACAGAUGUCUUGCCACCUUCUUCAGAGGCUCCAUUCUCUGCGACCGAUGAAAUAGAAUUCAAUAACCUGGUCACUGAAGUACCAUGUUCCCCAGUUGAAGCAAGGCUUCCUGAUUUCCCACAUGCUUCUACAUGUGCAAUUUUUCCAUCAAGUCCAAUCCAAGAACACACUGAAUUUGAAGUCAAAUUUACCCAAUACAUAGAAUCAGAAAGGAAUCAAACACUGGACAUAACAGGAACUGAAGUAGGAAGUUUUCAUGAGAUGCCCUUGGUUGAAGGUAUUGAAAACCAUCAGGAGAAGUUUCUUCCAGAAGAGCAACAUGUCGGGGAGCAGUCUACUAGUAAAAUCCAUGAUACCGCAGAGCCAGGAGAGACUGCUAUAAUGUUAGGAUGGGAGGUUUUGGAGGCAGAUGAUACUUCCACAGAAAAAGAAGAAUCUUCUGGUCUUGUUAAGAGUAUAGUUGAUGUCUUUCACAGAGGUUAUGAGACAGUUGCAGCAAUAUUGCAGCCCUCUAGCUCUGGAUCGGUCACGGACACUUUAGAUCCUCUCAGCAGCCUUUCAUCUUCUGUGGAUCCUGAGGGCAGCGGGACUCGCAUGGCCAGUGGAUGUGAUUAUUCAUUGGAAGGGCCCGUGCAGGCAGCAGAGCCUGAGGUGUUCGAUUCUGCUGAACCCUACAUGUGGCGUUUGGUUAGUGGUUGUUCAGAAACAUCGCUGUCAUCAAAAGAGACUGAAAGCUGGUUUGUUGAAGAUGAAGAAUUUUGCCUAAUGAGGAAGUGGCCCCCCUUGACGGAGGCUGACCUUCAUGAGAUAACUAAAGAAGAGGACAACACACGUGUUGAAGAGGGUACAACUUCUGUUCAAGAGGAAGCUGGUAAUGAUGAGAUUGUGACAGAAAGUAAAGUGUUUGAGACAUUGAAGGAUGAGGUGUCAACCACACUAUUUCGAGAGGAGGGGCCACAACAUCGUAUUGUGCACGAAGUCUCUCUUUUCAUCCAACGGACUAAGGACGAAUUGCUGUGUGAAGAAAAAACACCUAUGUCUUUACCGUCUUUAAAAAACCCUUAUAACCCAAAGACUAUCGCAGAACAGACUGCUGUUUCAGCUUCAAAAGAACCUUUGCCACCAAGAAGGACCAAGAGGCAAGAUAUUCUUCAAGAGCUAGUUUCCAAUCCAGCUGAGCCAAAUGCUCAGAGAGCUAACACCUGUGUCAUAAAACAAACUGAACAUUAUUCUCAAAGUACUUCACACAAUGUACAGCCAGGUACAGCACUCACCACCAUCCAAAGUUCUUCAGCUAUGGCAGAUGAAGGUACAUUUCUAGAAAUGGAUGUACCUGUCCCAUCGUCACGGACCAAAAAACGCCAAAGUGCUUCUUUUCCUGAUGAUACCUCAGUGAUAGAAGCAGCAGAAAAGUUAUCCAAAAUUGAGAUUUGUUCACCAGUACCCAAAGAGAAGCCCACACCCCAAGAAAUAAUAGCAUCAUGUCAUGGCAACAAUGGAGAAAAUGUUCCCCUAUUGCCUCCAAAAGUCACACAAUUAUGUGCUCCUCAGAGGCAGAAGAGUAAAGCUCAAACCAGCAAUGUUGAUGAAGUCAGUGAAGAGUUUGAAAUAAAGAACACAUUGUCUUCUGUCGUCAACAAUAUGUCUCAGUCUGAAGAGGCAAGAAAGACCCAAGCUGCUCUUCAAAAAGAAGACCAUCAGGAUUCCAGUCUGCCAGUGGCUAUGCCACGUUCAAAGAAACGUUUCAGUGGUUCUUUUCCAGAUGAUCUUUCAGCCCCUUCAUCCACCCUUGCGUCUCAAGCAGAUUCAGACAACAUUGUUCCCCAACCAGAAGACCGUGAAGAUUCAAUUCUGCCAAUCCCAGUGCCACGUGUGAAGAAACGUCUCAGUGGUUCAUUUCCAGAUGAUCUUCCAGCCCCUUCAUCCACCCUUGCGUCUCAAGCAGAUGCAGACAACAUUGUUCUCCAAACAAAAGACCAUCAAGAUUCAAGUCUGCCAGUCCCAGUGCCACGUGUGAAGAAACGUCUCAGUGGUUCAUUUCCGGAUGAUCUUCCAGCCCCUUCAUCCUCCCUUGUGUCUCAAUCAGAUUCAGACAACAUUGUUCUCCAACCAGAAGACCGUGAAGAUUCAAUUCUGCCAAUCCCAGUGCCACGUGUGAAGAAACGUCUCAGUGGUUCAUUUCCAGAUGAUCUUCCAGUCCCUUCAUCCACCCUUGCAUCUCAAGCAGAUUCAGACAACAUUGUUCUCCAAACAAAAGACCAUCGAGAUUCAAGUCUGCCUGUCCCAGUGCCACGUGUGAAGAAACGUCUAAGUGGUUGUUUUCCAGAUGAUCUUCCAGCCCCUUCAUCCACCCCUGCGUCUCAAGCAGAUUCAGACAACAUUGUUCUCCAAACAAAAGACAAUCAAGAUUCAAGUCUGCCAGUCCCAGUGCCACGUGUGAAGAAACGUCUCAGUGGUUCAUUUCCAGAUGAUCUUCCAGCCCCUUCAUCCUCCCUUGUGUCUCAAGCAAAUACAGACAACAUUGUUCUCCAACCAGAAGACCGUGAAGAUUCAAUUCUGCCAAUCCCAGUGCCACGUUCAAAGAAACGUCUAAGUGGUUUUUUUCCAGAUGAUCUUCCAGCCCCUUCAUCCACCCUUGCAUCUCAAGCAGGUUCAGACAACAUUGUUCCCCAACCAGAAGACCAUCAAGAUUCAAGUCUGCCAGUCCCAGUACCACGUGUGAAGAAACGUCUCAGUGGUUCAUUUCCAGAUGAUCUUCCAGCCCCUUCAUCCACCCUUGCAUCUCAAGCAGAUUCAGACAACAGUGUUCUUCAAACAAAAGACCAUCAAGAUUCUAGUCUGCCAGUCCCAGUGCCACGUGUGAAGAAACGUCUCAGUGGCUCAUUUCCAGAUGAUCUCACUGAUCCCUUGACUUGUCCACCACCUCCUGUAGAUUCACUUGAUGUAGAAGUCCUUCCUCUCUCAGAAAAUAAACAAUGUUCUGGUGAAGUGCCCACACAGGUAAGGGCAGAAUCAGGGAUGGAGAGCCUUGAGGUUUCAACCACCACAAUUGCAAAGGAACUAGAGAUAAACAGAAAGGAGUCUGAUUUAAACCUCAUUGGGCAGAUAGUUCCUGAUGUGGCAGUUAACAGUGAAAUACACAAGACUGGUGCUCCACUUGGUGAACAUUGUGAGGACAUUGGGGAGAAGUCUCCUGUGAAAGAGCUACAAAUUGAAAAAGAUCAAAGUGUUGAGGACAAAAAGGAUGCUGUACAUUCUGGAGAUGAUGAGGUUGAUUUGAGCAUGGACACAGUAGAUGACACAUGUGUUGUCUUAGAUGUGUCCAGACAAGAAGCAGCUGAAGAUUCCUCAAGUUUUCCUGUUCCAGUGCCUCGUGUGAAGAAACGUUUAAGUGCCUCUUUCCCAGAAGACAUCUCCAUUUCCAGUUCCUCAUCAGCCAAUCAGCUUGAGGCUUCAGAAAAGGCCAAUAUUGAGCCCACAGUGCCUGUUCGUAAUAAACGAAGAGCUGCAGCAGAUGCCAUGGACGUUCAGGGAAGUUCCACAGCUCACACAUCGCCAACCAAUGAAAUAGAGAUUAUGACCUUGGUGAAUUCAAGUCAGUCUUUGUUGGAAUGGUGCCAAAAGGUCACACAAGGUUACAAGGGUGUGCGAAUCACAAACUUCAGCACCUCAUGGAGAAACGGCCUUGCUUUCUGUGCCAUCCUGCAUCAUUUCCAUCCAGAUAAAGUGAAUUAUGAAAUGCUGGAUCCGUAUGACAUUAAACGCAACAACAAGAAGGCAUUUGAUGGCUUUGCUGAACUGGGCAUCUCCAGGCUGAUAGAGCCCUCUGACAUGGUGCUGCUGGCAGUGCCCGACAGGCUAAUCGUGAUGACGUAUCUCAACCAGAUCCGCACCUAUUUCAUGGGCCAGGAGCUCAGUGUCAUUCAGAUCGAGAAGAACAGCAGCGAGUCCAGUUAUGCUGUUGGUGAAAAGAGGGAGGAAGCUGAUCCUGAAGCCGCUGCUCGCUACUGUGCCGAAAGGCUUCAGAGCAGCGGAAUCACUUUAGAGACGAAUGGAAGCUUCCCUGAAAGGGAGGGAAAGGCUGGUGGUUUGGUGCCACCUCCAAGAACCAAGCGAACGCCGGGCCAGAGCCAGGCUGGAGAUUCAGGGGCUGCUCAGCCUCUGGUGGCACCACCUAGAACUCACUCCUCAAAGGCUUUUUCUCAUGUCAAGGAUGCAGAUCUUGUAAGAAAACGCAGAUCAAAGCUGCAGGGGAAGUCACUGGAUGAGCCAGAACCACACGAACAGCAGAGCGGUACAGAGACUGCAUCAGUCCAAGCAGAAACCGAGGCAGCGAGAGGAGGUUCAGCGUCACAAAUUGUUGAAGCAGCAACUGCAGGAGAAAACCAGGAUAUCAGUCAAUAUGUGCUCAGUGAGAUACAGGCGCUGGAGGCUGAACAGAAGCAGAUCGAUUGCAGAGCAGACACUGUGGAGAGGAAACUCAGAAGACUUAUGGAAUCUGGUAGUGAUCGUGUAGAAGAAGAGACACUGAUUCAGGAGUGGUUUACCCUGGUCAACAAGAAGAAUGCUUUGAUCAGAAGACAAGACCAUCUACAGUUACUACAAGAAGAGCAAGGUUUGGAGAGGAGGUUUGAGCUGCUGAAGAAAGAACUUCAAGAUCUAAUGGCUGUGGAAGAAUGGAAGAAAACCCAGGCUCAUAAAACCAGAGAGCAGCUGUUGUUGCAGGAGCUGGUGUCUUUAGUCAACCAGAGGGACGAGCUUGUGCAUGACAUUGAUGCCAAAGAGAGAGGGGCUCUUGAAGAGGACGAGAGGUUGGAGAGAGGUCUAGAAAUGAGGCGCAGGAAGUAUGGAAGUCGGAAAGAGAAGUGUGUGUUGCAGUGAGGGAUGCUGUGCACCUGCUUUUAUACAGGACCGUCCCUUUAAACACUGUGCUGAUGGACUAUUGAGGUGUGUGUGGACCAGAUUACAAUAAAUGACAAGUAGACUGUGACUAGAUGAAUCUUCAGUCCUCAUCAAGCAGCAUGAAUGCUCAUUUCGGGUGAAUUAAGAGUUGUUAACUUUUAGAGACAUUUUAGUCUCCGAAUAUUUUGUUUGAAAAAUUUAAAUAGACAGUUAGUCAAAAGUGUCCUGUAAGCACUUCUUGUUUUAUGUUUUCAGUAAAAAAUAAUAUACAUGUGGCCUUUGCAGUGUUAUUUACUUCAUUGUUUAACUUGUGUGUACAAGUCAGUUGCUGCACAGUGAUUUUAAGAUAUCUCAUAUCAAAGCUACGUAGAAUAUAAGUUUGCAGAGUUUGAAAGAAGGAUCAGGCAAUUUUAAAAGACAUUGCUCCGUUACAUGGAGAUUUUGUUCUGUUCUGUUAUGCAAUUCAAAUGUUUAACUAACCUAAAUAAAUAAAUGUCAACAACACAGACAACAUUUUGCACAAAAUUUCUCCAUAUAUUAUGACCCCUCUCCAAAUACUGUUAAAGGGGUUGUCUGUUCUAUUUUAAGAACCCUACUUUAAUAUCACAUGACUUAUAAAAUGCAUAGAAUUGGUCAAAGAGAGCGUGUGCAUGCACUUUGAGUGUUAGCAUUUUAGUUUUAAAAUAUCUGAAUAAAAAAAAAAUUUUUUUUAGGAUUAUAAUUAGGCCUAUAUAACAUAAUCUUUCAUCCUUGAAUGGUACAGAAUGCAGAAGCAGAUACUCUCAGCAGUGAAUAAGCACUUCAAGAAUUUCUCCCUUAAAGUGUGUGUGUGAUGGUUAUUUUUGAGUGACUGGUUGUUUUAGAGAUUGUCAGCUCUUUGCAUUGAUAUUAUCUGUUUACACUUUGUUUGAAAUGUUAUUAGUUGAUGUUAUUUGUAUUGGUUGAACAGUGAAUUGCUUUUGAGACAUCCUGAUGUCAGCUAACACACUACAGCUGACAUGUCUUUGGGAAAUAAAAUUGUUUUUAAGAUUCUG